AUGCAGCCGUUUGUCAUUUUACCAAAUGCUUCCUCAUACCUGGACCCACAGGGGGAACCCCCUCUGUCACACACUGGCUUCAUUAUUCUCUCCAUCAUUAUGGCUGUUUUCACCGGUCCAGCCAUCAUACUCAACGCUACAGUGAUUAUUGUGUCCCUCAUGCACAAGCAGCUGAGGCAGCCCCUCAAUUACGCUCUGGUGAACAUGGCUGUGGCUGACCUGGGCACAGCCAUGACUGGAGGGGUGCUGUCUGUGGUCAACAACGCCCAGGGGUACUUCUCCCUGGGAAGAACAGGCUGUGUGAUGGAGGGCUUUGCAGUGUCCUUGUUUGGCAUCACAUCUCUCUGCACUGUUGCUCUAAUCGCGGUGGAGAGGAUGUUUGUUGUGUGUAAGCCAUUGGGACAGAUAACCUUCCAAAAGAAGCAUGCAGUUGGAGGUAUUGUCUUGUCCUGGCUGUGGUCCCUCACAUGGAACUUACCUCCCCUAUUUGGCUGGGGCAGGUAUGAGCUGGAGGGGGUCGGGACAUCCUGUGCACCAGACUGGCACAACAGAGACCCUCAAAAUGUCUCCUACAUCCUGGCUUAUUUUGCAGUGUGUUUUGCAGUUCCUUUUGCCAUUAUCCUGGGAUCCUACACAAAACUAAUGUGGACAUUACACCAGGUAUCAAAGAUGGCCUGUUUGGAAGGUGGUGCAGUAGCUAAGGGAGAGAUGAAGGUGGCAUCUAUGGUUAUUCUGAUGGUCCUGACAUUUCUGAUCAGCUGGUUACCUUAUGCUGCCCUGGCCAUGCUGGUAGUGUACAGCCCCGAUGUGGAGAUUCACCCUCUGGUUGGCACAGUGCCCGUUUACCUGGCAAAGAGCAGCACUGUGUACAAUCCUAUCAUCUACAUCUACCUCAACAAACAGUUUCAGAAAUAUGCUGUGUCCUUCUUGCUGUGCGGGAAAGAGCCCUGGGAGCAGGAUGAGGUAUCAGAGACGGCAACGACUGUGGAGACUUCAACCAACAAAGUAUCUCCCGCCUGA